AACAGCCCCGGCCGGAAACCGCGGGCCCCGCGCGCUCGGUCCUGGCGGGGCGGGACGCGGGCACCGGAGGAUGCGGGGGGUGCCCCAUGGAGGGCGGAGGAGCCGUCGCGGACCUGGCGGGGAACUCCCCGCACGACGCGGGUGCCCGGGAGCUCCGGAAAGAGGGUGAAAGCGGAGCGGGGGGAGCAGCGGCCGCGGAGGAGCUGGCGGCCACCGGGGCCCCCCCGGGGUGUCUGCGGCCGGAGCGGGACGUGUCACGCGUGGACCACGGGGACAGCUUCGCCCUGAAGCGCAGCAACGCCCUGACCAACAGGCAGCGAGGCAACGAGGUCUCAGCCCUCCCAGCCACGCUGGACACCCUGUCCAUCCACCAGCUUGCUGCCCAAGGAGAGCUCAGCCAGCUCAAGGAGCACCUCCGGAAAGGUGAGAACUUGGUCAAUAAACGUGAUGAGAGAGGUUUGACGCCGCUGAUCUGGGCCGCGGCCUUCGGAGAGAUCGAAACGGUCCGUCACCUGCUCCAGUGGGGUGCAGACCCCCACGCCCUGGCCAAGGAGCGGGAGAGCGCCCUGUCCCUGGCCAGCAUGGGCGGCUACACCGACAUCGUCCUCAUGCUGCUGGAGAGGAACGUGGACAUCAACAUCUAUGACUGGAACGGUGGCACCCCCCUGCUCUACGCUGUGCGCGGCAACCACGUCAAGUGUGUCGAGGCCCUGCUAGCUCAUGGUGCCGACCUGACAACGGAGGCAGAUUCUGGCUACACCCCGAUGGAUCUGGCCGUGGCCCUGGGACACAAGAAAGUCCAACAGGUUAUUGAAAAUCACAUCCUCAAGCUGUUUCAGAAAAAGGAGCUGGAGUGAGACAGGAGCCCCACCAGCCCAGGGCUCCCCUCUGGGACCACCAUGGCCUCACCCAGCUGCCCCCAAACGGCACGAUGCUUCCAGCAUGGAGCACACAAGGGAGCCAGGAACCGCUGGGAAUCUACCCCUUCUCCAGGGGGUCUGCCCACCCACAGGGCCCCAUGCCUGGGACCCCUCAUUCCUCAGGACAGCUGCAGCUCUGCCCAGGCUCUGCUGCUCUGUGUGUGUUCAGGGAUUGCAUUUUUGGAAGUAAACUCUCAAGCAAC